AUGAGUAAUACGGAUUUCCUGGGCCGAGCGAUUGACACGGUGAAGAAGGCGAUCGAGAAUGAUAAUGAGGGCGAGUACGAGAAGGCUUAUCAGCUGUAUUACUCCGCAUUGGAGUUGUUCAUGCUGGCCCUUAAGUGGGAGAAGAACCCUCAGAAGCUCAAGAAUCAUUUGGCUUCGGGGGAUCGAAAGAAACCUAGCGCCGUGGGCGCGAAUGGCAAGGUCGCGCAGGGAAGUGGGAAAGGGAAGGAAGAUGACGACAACGGCAACGGCGAGGAUGCCGAGGCGAAGAAGCUCCGGUCCGCCCUACAAGGAGCCAUUCUGUCAGACAAGCCGAACGUCAAGUGGGAAGAUGUUGCCGGUUUGGAGAGCGCCAAGGAAGCCUUGAAGGAGGCAGUCAUUCUUCCGAUCAAGUUUCCACACCUGUUUACGGGCAAGCGGCAACCUUGGAAGGGUAUCCUUCUCUACGGCCCUCCUGGUACCGGAAAAUCAUAUCUCGCCAAGGCUGUUGCGACUGAAGCCAACAGCACGUUCUUUAGUGUCAGCAGUUCUGACCUGGUAUCCAAGUGGAUGGGUGAAAGUGAACGACUUGUGAAGCAGCUCUUCAAUAUGGCCCGUGAAAACAAGCCGGCGAUUAUCUUCAUUGACGAGGUCGAUGCUCUGUGUGGGCCGCGAGGUGAAGGCGAAUCCGAGGCGUCACGCCGUAUCAAGACCGAGUUGCUUGUUCAAAUGGACGGUGUUGGAAAAGACUCUAAGGGUGUCUUGAUUCUGGGGGCGACCAACAUCCCUUGGCAACUCGACGCUGCCAUUCGUCGACGAUUCCAACGACGAGUUCACAUCAGUUUGCCCGACUUCAAUGCACGAAUGAAGAUGUUCAUGCUUGCCGUGGGUGCCACACCGUGCCAAAUGACCCAGGCGGACUAUCGAUCUCUGGCCGAGAUGAGCGAGGGUUAUUCCGGUAGUGAUAUCAGUAUCGCUGUGCAGGAUGCUCUUAUGCAGCCCAUCCGCAAGAUUCAAACCGCGACACAUUAUAAGAAGGUGACCCACGAAGGAGUUGAGAAGCUCACCCCGUGUUCUCCCGGCGACGCCGGUGCGAUGGAAAUGAAUUGGCUCAACGUGGAAGCCGAGCAACUACUAGAGCCACCGCUCGUUCUGAAGGACUUCAUCAAAGCCGUCCGUAAUUCCCGGCCUACUGUCAGCCACGAGGAUCUGACGAGGAAUUCGGAAUGGACGAAAGAGUUUGGCAGUGAGGGAGCGUAA